AAACCUGACGGAGAUCCUGCUGAGCACCCAGCACCUGGAGUUCUUCAGGGAGGUCCUGCGGGACCGCAAGGCCGAGAGCCCGCUGCAGUUCCUGGUCGCCGUGCAGGAAGCUCAGCUCGUGGAAGAGAAAGGGGUGCCCAGCUCGCGACACCCUCUGGACACGGGGCCUGCCCAGCUCUGGCGAGGCUCAGCCGGAGUCUGGGGGCCCCAUUGCCCCAUUGCCCCAGCAAUUCACUCUCAUCUGUGGCCCGUCCACUCUCCCUCAACGGAAACCUCCAAACCUGUGCACACAAUCUCCUCCCGCAAGCACUCCCCCUUGGAGUUCGGAUGGACCGAGAGGAGGUGCUACAGUGCAGUGCCCCGAUCGUCAAAGAAGUUGCCCACAUGCGCCACAGUCAGCACCACCACGCUGCUCAUGCUGCAGGGCUACAUCAUGAAGUCCCUGGAAGAGAAGUGGCUGAAAGAUUACCAGGAGCUGUUCCCGCCCCGGCCCCAGGAGGUGGACCCUGAGCUGCCAGCCGCGCCCAGGAAGCCCUCCAAGACCACGGCGGCCGCGGCGACCACAGCUUACUUCCAGGAUUCCCAGAAGAGAGGCUGGGUGAAGAUGAUCAGCUUCAUCAAGAGCUUCUGCAACUAUCGCAGAUUCAUGACCAAAGCCAGCAAGCGCCAGGAAUUUGAAAACUAUCUUCACCUGGAACUGUACAACCACAAAGAAAACUUCUCCACCUCACCCAACACAGCAGGGCGGCCGACCUUUUUGUCCACAAACGUCCGCAGCGCAGACCAGGAGAACGGGGAAGUGAGCCUCGUGAAGCGCCGCAUCUUCGGCCACAGGGUCAUCACCGUGAACUUCGCCGUCAACGACCUGUACUUCUUCUCUGAGAUGGAGAAGUUUAACGAGCUGGUGAACUCCGCUCACAUGCUGCACAGCACCCGGGCACUGAACGAGAAUGACGUGAUCCUGCUGCGGACCAAGAUCAACAUCAUCCUCAAGCUCUACCUGAACUCGGACAUCCCUCCCAAGCUGCGGGUGAACAUCUCUGAGUCCCAGAAGGACGCCGUCCUUGCCGCCAUCACCGAGGGCCACCUGGACCGCAGCAUCUUCCACGGGGCUAUCAUGUCUGUCUUCCCUGUCAUCAUGUACUUCUGGAAAAGGUUCUGCUCCUGGAAGGCUGUCCGCUCCUACCUGGAGUACAGGGGCCGGAAGUUCAAGGACAGGAGCCCUCCCAAGCCCACCUACAAGUACCCCCCGUGGAGUGGAGGAGACCACGCCGUCCUGCGGUUCACCUUGCUGCGAGGCGUCGAGUGGCUGCGGCCGCAGCGGGAGGUGACGCCAAGCUCAGUCCAGAACUCGUCCUCCAGCAACCUCACGCAGACGCGGCUGGUGCUGUCUUCCGUGCAGCUGAGCUCCGUCCAGGGACAAAAACUGCCCCACACCAAAAAGGAGAGGAAGUGACCAAGUCGGGCCCGGCAGGUCAUGCCCACCCCACUCCCACCCCUGCCAUGGAGGCCUCCCGGCACCCUCACGCAGCCUCGCAGGCUCAGGAACCAAGGCCUGGCACAUCUGCUCUGGAAAAUCAAGACGGGGAACAGGUGACGGCCCAGCUACGGCAGCACCGCGCUGUGGGAGCACAGCGACCCAGUCCGAGGCGGGGGACUGGAGAGCGCGGACACACAGAGCCGCGCCGUCACCCCCGCACGUGACCCUGCCCCUCCGCGGAGGCCGGAAGGAGUCUGCCGUCGUCCGGUGUCCACGCCACAGCCAGGGCCAGGGCCGCGUCACAAUAAAGCAGGCUCACAUGCUCACCUGG